GUUUGGCUUCACGGAACCCUGUACGCAUGCUCCUGCGCUGAACUUUAGGAGCCAGUCUAGGGCCUAGGCGCAGACGCACUGAGCCUAAGCAGCCGGUGAUGGCGGCAGCGGCGGUGGUGGCUGCGGCAGGUCCGGGCCCAUGAGGCGACGAAGGAGGCGGGACGGCUUUUAUCCAGCGCCGGACUUCCGAGACAGGGAAGCUGAGGACAUGGCAGGAGUGUUUGACAUAGACCUGGACCAGCCAGAGGACGCGGGCUCAGAGGAUGAGCUGGAGGAGGGGGGUCAGUUAAAUGAAAGCAUGGACCAUGGGGGAGUUGGACCAUAUGAACUUGGCAUGGAACAUUGUGAGAAAUUUGAAAUCUCAGAAACUAGUGUGAACAGAGGGCCAGAAAAAAUCAGACCAGAAUGUUUUGAGCUACUUCGGGUACUUGGUAAAGGGGGCUAUGGAAAGGUUUUUCAAGUACGAAAAGUAACAGGAGCAAAUACUGGGAAAAUAUUUGCCAUGAAGGUGCUUAAAAAGGCAAUGAUAGUGAGAAAUGCUAAAGAUACAGCUCAUACAAAAGCAGAACGGAAUAUUCUGGAGGAAGUAAAGCAUCCCUUCAUCGUGGAUUUAAUUUAUGCCUUUCAGACUGGUGGAAAACUCUACCUCAUCCUUGAGUAUCUCAGUGGAGGAGAACUAUUUAUGCAGUUAGAAAGAGAGGGAAUAUUUAUGGAAGACACUGCCUGGCCUUUUCUAACACAGAAGCUGCAUUUAAGAGCCUUAGGGAUGAAGUGCCCUUUUUUGGAGGAGGCUCACUGAGCCGUGUUGGAGGCUGUUUGUGGUCCUGCUGGCUGUGAAACUGCCUCAGUCCUCUAGGACACACCCUCUCCAUCCUGGAGUAAUCUGCAGGAUUGCAACAUUGUUAUGCAGCCAGUAUUGCAGUGCCUUGUGCUUUUUGAAUCCAGACAGGGUUGAUUCAGCCCUUUAUUCUUUUGAGGUAGAUAAAUUUGAGUGUCACACAGUUUGUAGUUGUGGGCUGGCUGGCAGGAGGGAGGGCAGAUACUGUGGGCCUAAGCUGUCUAUAAAUAUGUAGCUGUAUUAAGUAAGGGAUGAGUGGGCUUCUAAGGGUCAGGUUAUAAGAUCCCUUUUGAAAUCAAGACUUGAUCUCAGAAUAACAAAGUUCCUAUUUCCUAUGGGAUUUUAAAGUUGGGUGUGGAUGGGAGAAAUUUGCUUUGAAAUGAAUGACUAUUAGCUUAAUUCCUACACAGACAGAACAAAACAUGACCAAUGUCAGUUUAGCAUAUUCUGGACAUCUUUGCAAUUUUAGCAGUAUAUUCUAAUGGCAAAAUAAAGCACUUUAUAGUUUCACUAAAAUGAGUGAAACAUAAAUGUCCCUAUGCCUUUUGGCAGCAUCCUAUGCCAUCUCUUUUUCCCACACAUCCCCCUACGCCACUAAUUUGGUCUUUGGUGCAUGUCUGUUUCUUUCAAGGAAUUUUGCUCCAUACAUAAACUGCUUUGGAUAGAUUACACUCUUUUUUAAUUUUAUUAAAUCACUUUUG